AUGGAGAAAUACACGGAUAUUUACCACCCACAAUAUAUUCCAGGCACAUACUCCAUUUACACCUCUGCUAUAUUACACCACAAGCAGCUACAGAAAACCUCCACACCUAAAAAUUAUGCCUACAACAGAAACACACCUCUUGAAGAUAUUCCUGACCUCAAAUCGAAGUAUGGAGUGAUACUGCUUCCACAGCCGUCCAACUCAGUCAAUGAUCCUCUGAAUUGGCCACCAUGGAAAAAGUCGCUGCAAUUCUUCAUUCUGCUUUUAAUAACGGCCUUCACAGCGGCGAUAGCAAACGAUGCGUCUGCUCCCCAAGACUCCAUCAACGAGCUCACAGGUAUCGACUAUGGCUGGCUCAACAAUUCCGCGGGAGUUCUGUUUGUCUCCAUUGCAGUGUCCGUCUGGUUAUAUGGUCCCCUUGCGUCUCUUUGCGGCCGCAGAAUCACCUACGUUCUCGGGCUCCUGUUUGCGCUGUUUGGGUCCAUCUGGUACGCCCGUAUACGCCAUAAGGGUGACAUUUUUGGGUCUCAGGUGCUCAUUGGGUUUGCAGAAGGCUCAACAGAGGCCCAGGUGCAGCUGAGCAUGAGCAGCAUUUUUUUCAAGCACCAGUUGGGUGCCGUUGUCACGAUCUAUAUACUGGCAACUUCGCUUGGCACUUACCUGGGCCCACUUUUUGCCAACAUAAUUGCCGAGAAUAGAGACUUCACAUGGGUAGGGUGGUCUGGAGCGAUAGCGAGCGGCAUAUGCUUGCUCAUGGUGCUGUUUCUUCUCGAAGAAGACUAUUUCGACUACUCGAGGUUCGCCUAUCACUCCCAGAAUUCGCUGCUCAAUAGAAGCCUGCAGACACAUGGAAUUGUCAGUAAUGAGCAGGACGACGAUUUUGGGUAUCACGACGCUCCGGCGACUUGGAAGCAGCGCUAUUCGCUUCUUAGUGCUUGGAAAGACCGAUCAGUGCAGGAACUUAUCAAACAAUAUGCCAAACUACUGGUCUACAAUUUCCGCUGUUUUUGGUUUCCACCAGUGAUUUUUGGAGGCCUUAUUUGGGGCUUCCAGAGCGCAGUUUUGUCCUUUUACCUCACCACCCAAGACACUGAUCUUUAUGGUGAGCCGUUCAACUAUUCCGCUCGACGCAUUGCUCUCAUGAACAUCCCAUGCAUAAUUGGCUCCUUUAUUGGUUGCAUUUAUGCAGGAUCACUCACCGACUACUUUGUGCUCUGGGUGGCCCGCAAGAACAACGGCAUUGUGGAGUCUGAGUUCAGACUGUUUUUCGCGUUUCUCUCCGGCAUAGUUGGCUCUGUGGGGCUCCUGAUGUUUGGCUUUGGCGUUUCGCGGGGUCUCGAUUGGCGCGUGAUCUACGUGGGGCUGGCAAUGAUCGCAUACCUGUUUUCUUCCGCUGGAAACCUGGCGAUGCUCUACGUGAUCGGGACCUACGACCAGCUGAUUCUGGAGACACUCAUUGCCGUCGAGGUGAUCAACAACAUCAUCGGCUGCAUUUUCACGUUUGCAUGCUCGCCCUGGCUGGAAAGGUCCGGCACGGAGGCUACAUACGUGGCUCUCGCGGUGCUGAACCUGUUCUUCAUGUUUCUGAGUCUACCGCUCAUGGUAUAUGGUAAGCGCUGGCGUAAAGCCACCAAGAGCUCGUACAUACGGAUGAUCGAGGCAAGACCGAAGGGGUAG